GCCGCGCAACAACACCGGUCGACAUCAACAGAUUGUUGAAGUUAAAAUUACAAAGAAAUUUCAAGAUAAAUUACAGAAAUGGCAGCAGCAGACAAUAGACUGACUCUUCCAGAAGAGAUGCAGAAUCCACUUGUUGAGGGAACGAACCAAUUGCCAGACCCAACACAGACAGCACCUGCUGUGAGGCCACAGAAUGAGAACACAUCGGACUAUUACCACACCAAGAACAUUCCUGACAGAUUUGAGCACCCAGAGUGCUUUGAAGGGUAUGAGAGCAAGCCACAGAACCCUAUGUACAGAACGACCAACAUGACCUAUGGAAAUAAGAAACCUACAGUACACACCAUGCCCACCACCUUCAGAGCAAGGUCGCAAAAAUUCUCAGUGCAUCUUGGUACAUGUGGCAUGUAUCGCAAUGAAGGUCUAAACACAGCUCUGGAUGAAAACAAGGUCUGAUGACGAAGAGGCGACCAACCAGCGUAAUUUUUUAAUUGGUCUGAACGCCGUGUUUCAGCCAUACUCAGCAGGCACAUGUGUACACUACCAAAAAGGCCAGCAUUAUAGCUUGAGAAUUGUUGACUGCCAAGAAAGUAAGGUUCCAUCUUUCUGGUCAUCUCUCGCUGAAUUAGAUUGUGAAUUAAGAUACCUACUAGCUGAAUCACUCGCAAGGAGAAUUGGAUGAUGUCAUAUUACUCAUAAUUAUACAGUUAUUAACCCUAGCCGCGCCACAGGUCAAUUUAAUCAGAAAAACUCCUCAGAAUUCUUUACGAAGAAACGUGAGUAUUCUGAAGCUUCUGGUUCAAUCACACCGUGAUCAGAGACAAACAAGUAUCAGAAUGCUUCGAGAUUAACUCUGUACCCACUUUAACAUUUUCGAAUCGCUUAUUGGCAGGGCCGAUUAAAUCACUCAUAUUUACAUCGAUUUUUCAACACACCAGGAAAGUUGAUCCCGACUGAAGGCUCAAUCAAGUUCAGAGCUCCAAACUAACAUCUUGAAGCAAUACUUUUAGUGACUAAGACCCAAUUUCAUGGAGCUGUUGAAGCAGAAAAUAUUGCUGAAAUUUAUUUUGCUAAGCAAAAACAAGCAAGGUACCAGUCACAUGGUACUUGUGACAUGGUAUUUUGGUUAAGCAGCCGAAUUGGGCCCCUGCAGAGUCGGACAACUAAAAUGUAAAUUUAAGCGGCUUUUUUUAAAAUGAUGAACAUGUGCAGUCGUUCCAGACAUACAUUGUUUGCUGAGUUUGGUUUGAACGAAUUGUAAAUUACCUGUAUGUAAAUAGCGAAUAACAAAUUCUUUUACUUCUUUAUUAAACUGUUUGUAAAUAUGUUGACAAUGUUGUUUUUUACCACUAAAUGCAAUGGGUUUCUUGUUUUUUGUUUUUUUAUCAUUUAAUUGUAUCCACCAUUUUCAGAAUAAUGUAACAAAAAUUGCAAUAAAAUUAUCCGUCCAUUCUGUGAACUGAAAACCUGCACCUUUUGAAAUUUAACUCUGUUUUUUUUUUUAAA